AUGAAUACGAAACGUAAACGGCAAACUGUUGAAGCUUUCUCACCACCACCAUCGGAAUGGUGUUCAACCACCACUGAACCACGAAAGGAAGUUUGUUCAGUAGUAGUAGUAGCAGAUGAAUUCAAUUUACAAACACAGCCAUCCUCUCAUGAUGAUGAUCAUGAUGGAGGCUCUGAAUGGAAUGGGAUUGAUCCUACCAUAGCGGCGUUGAAUACUCAAAGUGAAGAGCACGUUAUGGCAUCAAAUACAAUCUCUUCCGAUGAGGCUGCUACGUCCACAGAAUUGCCAUCUCUGUCAUUGGAAGCAAUUAAAACGCAGCAAGAAGAUGAACCUAGCGUUCAUAAACAAGUCUUUUCCAAUCAUUCAAGUUUUGGAAAAACUAAAAAGAGAAAAAUUAAUCAAUCAUCCAAUAAGUUCAACGAAAACAAUAAGACGCAAAAGCUUGUCAAUUCUGUUUCUACUAGUGAUGUGAACACCAUCAACACGUCUGAAAGUAGUAGUAGCAACACGACUGGAAAAGUUUUCGGAAAUUAUAAAAAUUAUUACUCGUACAGAUACAGUAAUGAAAAUUUGGGAGGUUCUUCAUCAUCGACCAUUCCCACCACAACUACUGCCACAACACAUGCCAAAAAACAACAGAAUGAACUCUCUCACAUUGAUCCUCGAUUAGAAAUUAUUGCACGAAUUUUAAGUACACACUUUAAACUGUGUGAAGAAAACCCUACUACUUUGGAGCUUUCAUGUUUGGAUAUUGGAUGCAAUCAAGGAUUAUUUACCAUUCAAAUGGCAGAUUUAAUAGAUAGUUCAUUAUCAAAUCAAGCAAAUAAUGGACAAAUUCCCAUCACACUCAAAUCUCUAGAUGCCAUUGAUAUUGAUGCCAAAUUAAUUCGACAAGCAAAGAAUCACUUAGAAGCUCUUAAAAAAUUUAAUACAAUUGAAGACAAAGAAUCUAUGGGAGAUGAUCAUCUGGGAAUGAGUGUACAGACCUAUGUCUCGAUGGAGAGACUUGAAACAGCCGCCGAUAAGGAAGAAAAACUCUUCAUUUGGGAGAACAAUAGAAAACUGUUAAAAACAAAGGGCGAGAAUGUACAGAGUUCAGAACAAAUUGUGCUCUGCAAGAAAUCUUACAUGCUGCAGCUCAUUUACAAGAUUCAUUUUAAAACUCAAAAUUUUGUGGAAGAAAUUGCUUCUCUUGUGACACAUUCAGAGUCACUCGAAAAAGCAAGAGAAAACAAAUAUGAAUCACUUCUAAACGCAUCGUUAGGGAAAACAAAGAGACUAUAUGACUUAAUUACAUGUCUAAGUGUCACCAAAUGGAUUCAUCUUAAUUAUGGAGAUGAUUCCAUCAAAUUUCUUUUUCACAAAAUUUUUAGCAUGUUGAAGAGUAAUGGAGGAAUAUUUGUUUUGGAACCUCAAACAUGGAAGAGUUAUGCAAAAAAACGAGACCUCACCCCAACAUUUCAAGAACAAUUCAAGAAUAUCAAGUUUAGACCAACGGCUUUUCAUGAAUACUUAAUGAAAGAGGUUGGAUUUUCGCAAUGUGAAACCGUCUUUAUCGAGGAAACAUCCAACAAUUCUACCACCUCUGAAAAAACUAAAAAGAAAGGUUUCAAAAAGAGACCCAUUUGUUUUUAUUUCAAAUAA